CCUCUAACCCCUUAGCUAUAAAUACUCACAAAUCGCUUAUCAUUUCGUAUAUUUUCUACCAAAGUAUAUUAUCCCACUUUGUGUGCUUUUUCAAUACCAUUUGUUAUUCCAUUGAUUUAGUUUGAGAAGAAAAAAAGAAAGAAAAAUGUUGGCAAUUUUCAAGAAAAGUGUUGUUGAUCCACCAAAGGAGCUUCAAAGCCCAGCCUCUUUGCAAACAUCAAACAAGGCUGCAUCCCCUGAAGAGACUAUGAAGAAUUUCUUAGCUUCAAAUUCCAAUAAUGGGUUUUCUAUUGGAUUCAUGGAUAAGGCAUUAUUGGCCUAUUGCAAACCUCCACCUUCAUCAAAUGCUCAACAAAGGUUGUUCUGUGGGUUGAAUGACAUAUACUGCAUUUUCAUGGGAAGCUUGAACAACUUAUGGGCACUAAACAAACAAUAUGGGCUGUCAAAGGGUACCAAUGAGGCCAUGCUUGUGAGUGAAGCAUAUCGCACCCUUCGUGACAGGGGCCCAUUCCCUGCUCAUGAGGUCCUCAAGGGUCUUGAGGGUAGCUUUGGCUUUGUGAUUUAUGAUCAGAAGGCUGGCAAUGUCUUUGUUGCCCUUGGUGCUGAUGAAACAGCAAAGCUGUUCUGGGGAAUAGCAUCUGAUGGAUCUGUCAUGAUCUCUGAUAAUGUGGAUCAUAUCAAAGCAAGUUGUCUCAAAUCAUUUGCUCCCUUCCCAACUGGGUGCAUGUACCACAGUGAAAGUGGAUUGAAGAGCUUUGAGCAUCCAAGUUACAAGAUGAAAGCAAUGCCAAGAGUGGAUAGUGAAGGAGCAAUGUGUGGAGCUUGCUUCAAAGUUGAUGUCUACUCAAAGCUUACAAGGGAGGAUGCACAGAGAGCUGAACAGGUGAUCUCAUCUAUGUCAUCAGAUGAGUUGGAAAGAAUGGUGAGAUGGGCAGCAAGGAUUCAAACUGGAAUACAAGUUCUCAAGAUUACCAAAGAUUUUGUCAUGGCAAAUCCUGGCCUGAGCUUGGCUAUUUUUGUGCCCAUUUUAGCAGUCUUCCUACACCUGCUAGGCUACAUCUGAGUUCUUUCCUAUUCUUUUUGAGGAUGUUAGCAAAAUUCAUUCUUUUUAUCAGUAAAUAAAAUUCUAUACAAAACAGCACUAGAUACUGCUGGAUAUGUAUAAUAUAUAGCAUUACAAGAGAAACUCAUACUCCUCAACUACUCUUGCUAGGACUUGAAGAGAUCUAUCACUUUCAGCAUCAUAAACAAUAUAUAUGCUUUCUGCAACAAGAAGCUACAGAGAAAUAGCUCUGAAUUUAAGCCUUGA